UCCGGAGCUGGGGCUCCGCGGCGGCGGCGGGAGCGGGGCCCGCCCAGUGGGGGGGGGCUCGGGCGAGAGCUUCUGCUUUCCUCCGGCACGUGGGCCCCCCGCACCCCCGCGGCGCGGCGCCCCCGGGUGGGGGGGCCCUCCAGGCCCCGCCCGCCGCCCCGCCCCGCCCCCUGCGCGGCCCGGGGCGGGACCACCGCGGCCCCUUUAUCUGCCGCAGGUCCCGGGGCGCUCAGGGCCGGGAUCGGAGCCGGCCGCCCCGCCGCAGGGAACAGAAGCCAAUCCAGUUUGCCUGACCUCCAUCAACCAGGCCCUGGUCACCUGGUCUCAGCCCAGCUUUGCCCUCCUUGCUGUGUGAACCUUGGCUCCCUGCCUGGCCCACAGCCAUGGCCACGAUGGUGGCCCAGAAGCUCAGCCAUCUCCUGCCCACCUUGCGGCAGGCCCACCAGGAGCCGCAGCCGUCCGGGCAGCCGGAGCCUGUCUUCACGGUGGACCGAGCCGAGGUGCCACCCCUCUUCUGGAAGCCGUACAUCUACGUGGGCUACCGGCCGCUGCAUCAGACCUGGCGCUUCUACUUCCGCACGCUGUUCCAGCAGCACAACGAGGCGGUGAACGUCUGGACCCACCUGCUGGCCGCCCUGGUGCUGCUGCUGCGCCUGGCCAUCUUUGCGGGGACCGUGGACUUCUGGGGAGACCCACACGCCCUGCCCCUCUUCAUCAUUGUCCUCGCGUCCUUCACCUACCUCUCCCUCAGUGCCUUGGCUCACCUCCUGCAGGCCAAGUCCGAGUUCUGGCAUUACAGCUUCUUCUUCCUGGACUACGUGGGCGUGGCCGUGUACCAGUUCGGCAGCGCCCUGGCGCACUUCUACUACGCCAUCGAGCCCGCCUGGCACGCCCAGGUGCAGACCGUCUUCCUGCCCACGGCCGCCUUUCUCGCCUGGCUUUCUUGCACCGGCUCCUGCUACAACAAGUAUAGUCAGAAACCUGGCCUGCUGGGCCGCACUUGCCAGGAGGUGCCCUCGGCGCUGGCCUACGCGCUGGACAUCAGCCCCGUGGUGCACCGCAUCCUGGUGUCCCCCGACCCCACGGCAGAUGACCCAGCUCUUCUCUACCACAAGUGCCAGGUGGUCUUCUUCCUGCUGGCUGCUGCUUUCUUCUCAGCCUUCGUGCCUGAGCGCUGGUUUCCUGGCAGCUGCCACGUCUUUGGCCAGGGCCACCAGCUCUUCCACGUAUUCCUGGUGCUGUGCACCCUGGCUCAGCUGGAGGCCGUGGCCCUGGACUACGAGGCCCGGCGGCCCAUCUAUGAGCCUCUGCACGCCCGCUGGCCUCACAACUUCUCUGGCCUCUUCCUGCUCACGGUGGGCAGCAGUGUCCUGACCGCGUUCCUGCUGAGCCAGCUGGUGCGGCGCAAACUCAACCGGAAGACCCAGUGAGGGGGGUGGCUGCCGGUAGGGAGGGAGGUGUCGAGGGAGCCCAGGGGUCCGGGCUUGCCUCCAGGUGGGAAUAAGGGCCUGGUAAAGUUGUUUGUGUCUGGCCUGCGGUGACUUUCUGUGAACGCCUCAGCUGCCGAUGACGGUACCGGCCAGCCCUUGGAUUUGGGGAUUGGCUAGGGGCUGCUGGGCUCUACUCCUGGGCCUGCCCCAGCCCUCAGCCCUGGGAGGAGAAAAGAGAUAAAGAUGCAGGCCCGCCUGGUUUGCCUCUCCCCCCAGUGCCUCUCACCAGGGGUGAGGAUCAGGGACCAGCUGGGGGCAGGACCCUGGUUUGGAGCUUCCAGAUCAACUGAGAGGACAGAGUGAGGGUAGAAUUUAGGCCAGAACCAGGUUUGAGCUGAGAGGCAGAAGAGGGCUCAGCAGCUCCCCCUCUACCCAGAUUUCAUUGGUGGAUAGGGAAUGAAUGGAGGACCUUAACAUUCCUUGAGCUCCAGCCUGGAGUUUUGGAGUUCUGGAGAGUCUCCAAAGGUGGAAGAUUGUGCUAGGUAGAAAUGGAUCCCCCCUAGUGCCCACACCUCAGUUACUGUCUCACGUAGGGAGCCCCCACCUUUCUAGCUCUGGCCUCUAUGUCCCACACAUCCUGUUCCUAGCCUCUCUCCUGGUUUCCUUGUUCUUGAUUCAGUUAUCCUUUCAGUGUUUCCUGGGCCUCUGCUCAGAGGCAGGCUACCAGCUGGGUCCUGUGGGUUAAUGCAGGAUGAUGAGAGCUUUAAAAUUGGAAUGACCCCAUCAGGGGAAGUACUGAGGAGGGAAUAAUCAGUGCUGCUUGCCACCUCACAAGCUUGGGUUGGAAAGUGUGAAUAGGAGUUUGCAGAUGAAAAGGGGCAUUCCAGCCAAAGGGAAAAGCCUAUACAAAGGCCAAAGAGGUACUGAAGGGAGGAGGUCAUUGGGGUUGGACAUAGGGGUGGUCUGGACUCUGAUAUGUCCUGGAUGCAAUAAAGUGACUGAUACAACAGCCUCUUUGCUUUUUGCCUCCUGUCCCAGAAAUGGGGCCCUGGGACUUCCAUGGACCUGCUCACCUUGUUGAGGAGGUUUUCCACGGGAAGCUGGGGUCCCCAGGGGUGGGAGCAGGGAGGAUGAAGGCAAUUGCUGUUUGAUCUUUGCCUGGGGGGUGGUUGCGGGCUUUAUAUACUAUAUAUGUGAACUUUCUCUUUUUUGCAGGGAAGGGAGGCAAUUUUAUACUCAAUAAGUUUUAGAAGUUAAAAGAAUGUGUGAAAUUUUACAGAAAUCCACUUUAUAAUUUGACAAAGAUUUCAUUUUUUUGGUUUUUCCUUCAAUCAAGACGGGUUUUAUAUGUAAACUUGUAUAAUAUUGUUAUAUGUUAACUUGUAUAAUAUUGCUUUUCCAUCGUACAUAAGUAAUAUAUGUACAGUGAAGGAAAAUUAGGAAGUACUGAUAAGACAAAAACCUCAAGUGAAUAAGAAAUAUCACUCUACUGCUAAAAUAUCCUGUUUAUAGAGGCUCCUGGGUGGCUCAGUUGGUUGAGUGCAUUGGACUCUUGAUUUUAGCUCAGGUCAUGAUCUCAGGGUUGUGAGCUCCAGCACGAUGUGGGGCUCCGCACUCAGAGGGGCAUCUUCUUGAGACUCUCCAACACCCCCCCUUUCUCUAAAAUAAAAAAAUCUUUAAAAAAUA